GCGCGGAGCGCGUUCUUACCGGGGGAGCGCGUGAGUGACUAGGUUGUGUGGUUGUACGCGUGUGUGUGUUUGCAUUCCCUCGCGAGCGCAGCACACUUCCUUUCUUAAAUUCUUGUCCUAAAUUGUAGGCAGAUUAUAAAAUCCAAUCUGUAGCGUAUUUUCUAGCGACUUGUUCCUCAACCAGCGAAAAUCAUGUCAGCCUCAGCGGCUAAAGUGAGUAAAAAGGAGCUGAACUCUAACCAUGACGGAGCGGAGGAGACCUCUGAAAAAGAGCAACAGGAAGCCAUCGAACACAUUGACGAAGUACAGAAUGAAAUUGACAGACUUAAUGAGCAAGCAAGCGAGGAAAUAUUGAAAGUUGAACAGAAAUACAACAAACUCCGUCAGCCAUUCUUUCAGAAGAGGUCAGAACUGAUCGCCAAAAUCCCCAACUUCUGGGUCACAACUUUCGUCAACCACCCUCAAGUCUCUGCUCUGCUUGGUGAAGAGGAUGAGGAGGCACUUCAUUAUCUGACCCGGGUGGAGGUGACUGAGUUUGAAGACAUCAAGUCAGGAUACAGAAUAGAUUUUUACUUCGAUGAAAAUCAGUACUUUGACAACAAAGUUCUUUCCAAAGAGUUCCACCUGAACGAAAGUGGGGACCCAACUUCAAAGUCUACAGAAAUCAAAUGGAAAUCAGGAAAGGACCUCACAAGUCGGUCUGGGCAGACGCAGAACAAGGCCGGCAGGAAGAGGCAACACGAGGAGCCAGAGAGCUUCUUCACCUGGUUCACCGACCAUUCCGACUCAGGGGCUGACGAGCUUGGCGAGGUCAUCAAGGAUGACAUUUGGCCCAAUCCCCUGCAGUACUACCUGGUGCCUGACAUGGAUGAUGAGGGUGAGGGGGAAGAUGAUGAGGAGGAUGAGGAGGGUCUGGAAGACAUAGACGAGGAGGGUGAAGAUGAUGGAGAAGAGGAUGAGGACGAAGAAGAUGGGGAUGAUGGAGAGGAUGACGACGGGGAGGACGACUAGAGCCGAAAAUACCGGACGCCUCCCCAC